AUGCAUCCCCAGUUGGACAGAAACCGUUUCGACAGCUGUGAAAAACUCAUGGACGCCUUGGAGGAGUGCCACAAGGCCGAGUUUCUCAAAAAAGCCAUGGGCAUGUGCAACUUUGAAAAAGAUGAGUUGACCAAGUGCCUCCAUGUUCAGAGAACCGAGGAUGCCAAGCAGAGAAUCAUCCAGAGCAGAGAGAAGCAAAAGGCUUUUCACGAGCAGCAGCGUAAGCGUGAAGAGGAGUUGUACGGAAAGAACGGCUACUUGAAAAAGGUCAUCGAGAUGGAGGCUCUGAAGAGACACUAG